AUGAACAAACCAAGUUCCAGUCAGCAUAUCAAGUACCUCGCGGUGCUCGCCUCCAUCGUCUUCAUCUGGAUGGUCUGGCGUCUGGACUUACACCAGGAAGUCGCCGACAAGGCCAGCAAGAUCGCGCACUCAAACAAUAUACCCAACGAUGGCAGUACCGCAAGCGAAGUCCUUUCCCCCCAGAAGGCCGUCGAGUAUUGCGAUCACUACCGCCUCAAGCCGGCUAAUCACGACAUGGUCCGCAAGCGUAAGGUCUUCGACCUGCUCCUGAUCAACACCGAGGUGGAGAUGCUCGAGCUCCGCAUGGGCCAGAUGGCUCCGUAUGUCGACUACUUUGUUAUCAUCGAGUCCGACAAGACGCUCACCGAUCAUCAAAAGCCGCUGUACAUAAGAGAGAACUGGGACCUCUUCAAGUCGUGGCACGACAAGAUGAUCCUGCGGACCACCGACCUUGAGGCGCUCAAGGACGGCUCGGCCUGGGAUCGCGAGGCCAAGAGCCGCAACGCCAUGUACGAGCAGGUGAUUCCCACGCUCGUCGGCGAACAGGCCGCUGCCAUAGAUGACGUUCUGGUCGUGUCCGACGUCGACGAGAUCCCCAAGCCUGAGAUCCUCCGUGCGCUGAGGAAUUGCAACAUCCCUCCGCGCGUCACCAUUCACUCCAAGAUCUAUUACUACUCAUACCAGUGGCUCGCGCGCAACGACUGGGCACAUCCUCAGGCCACGGUCUAUCGAGGUGCAGACACUGUUCUUCCUGAUGAUCUCCGCGGUAACGCCAACGACCACCAUUUUGCACAUGGCGGCUGGCACUGCAGCUACUGCUUCAGCACGGUCAACGAGAUGGCACAGAAGAUUAAUUCGUUCUCGCACGCCGAGUUCAACAAACCCGAGUUCAAGGACCCCGACUGGGUUGUUGACAUCGCCCGCCGUGGCUUGGACAUCUUCGGCAGAGGUGACUCCAACUUUGAUCGCAUCGAGACGAAUCAUGACGUACCAGAUUAUGUCAAGCAUAAUCCCGAAAGGUUCAAGUUCCUCAUCGAUCGUGACCCGUCCAAUGGCAAUUUUAGAGAUUACACUCCCAAGACGCCGGCGUAUCGGGAUUGA